AGCCGCUUGCUGUCGGUCCUGCUCUUCUCUCGCCAACGGGGGCAGGAAGCGGACUUGGUUUUCGGGACCAUUAAGUCGAGGUUCACAGUGGACGAGAGGACGGUAGCCAUGAAGUGGGGCUGGGCGAUAUUAGGGGUCCUUCUCUCCUUGGGGGCCCUGGCAUCCUGCGAAAAUGGCCUGCGGAUCCCCGAGUACGACGGCAGGGAUCGCGUUCACGACCUCAGCGCCAAGAACUACAAGUCCAUCAUGAAGAAGUACGACGUGAUGGUUGUCUACUACCACAAAAACGUGCAUGGGAACCGCAACGCCAUCAAGCAGCUCCAGAUCGAGGAGCUGGCUCUGGAGCUGGCAGCUCAGGUUCUGGACGAUCUUGAGGAUGAAGACAUUGGAUUUGGCCUCGUGGAUGAAAAGAAAGACAGCGCCGUGGCCAAAAAGCUCGGCCUGGAUGAGGUGGAGAGCGUCUACAUCUUUGCAAACAACGAGAUCAUCGAGUAUGACGGCGAGCUGGCCGCAGACACCCUGGUGGAGUUCCUCUAUGACGUGAUGGAGGAGCCCGUGGAGAUCAUCGAUAACGAGCGGGAGUUGAAGGGCUUCCACAACAUGGAGGAGGUCAUCAAGCUGGUGGGCUUCUUCAAGAGCGAGAAAUCUCCUCAUUUCAUGGAAUUCGUCGACGCCGCUGAGGAGUUCCACCCCUUCAUCAAAUUCUUUGCAACCUUUGACCCUAAGAUCGCCAAGAAACUGAAACUGAAGAUGAACGAGGUGGAUUUCUACGAGCCCUUCAUGGAGGAAUCGGUCACCAUUCCUGGAAAGCCGUACACCGAGGCUGAGCUGGUUGAGUACAUCGAGCAGCACGACAGACCCACUUUGAGGAAGCUGGAACCUCACAGCAUGUACGAGAUCUGGGAGGACGACAUCGACGGCGAGCACAUUGUGGCCUUCGCAGAGGAAGAUGACCCUGAUGGUUUUGAAUUCCUGGAGAUCCUGAAGGAGGUGGCACGCGAGAACACGGACAAUCCGAACCUGAGCAUCAUCUGGAUCGACCCCGACAACUUCCCCCUGCUGGUCCCCUACUGGGAGAGGACCUUCGGCAUUGACCUGUCAUCGCCUAAAAUCGGCGUGGUCGACGUGGCGGACGCGGACAGCGUCUGGAUGGAAAUGGACGACCACGACGAAAUGCCCACGGCGGACGAGCUGGAACGCUGGAUUGAGGAUGUUCUCUCAGGAAAGAUUGACCCUGACGAUGAUGACGAUGAUGACGAUGAUGACGAUGAUGACGAUGAUAACGAUGAUGACGACGAUGACGAUGAUGACGAUGAUGACGACGAUGCCGACGAUGACGACGACGAUGACGACGAUGAAGACGAGGAAGACGAUGCCGAAUAGAAACAUCCCGACAGUCUUUCACUCCUGUUGUUACGUAGAAAAUUGUUUGAGACAAAAAUCACGAUGACAACGAUGGAUAAAAACAUGGUGCCCAUCUUCCCGUCCACUCGUAACAGUGAGGAGGAUUUCUCCUCUCACUCCCCCGAGUGGGUCGACCACUGGGAGGCGCUCUCUCCCACCACUGAAUGAAACCACAGGUUUGCCUGACAAGCUGCCGCCAGUGUUUUGUACCUUGAUUCACAUGACCAGAGCUCAGAAACAUACGUCAAUGUGUCAAAAAUAAAGACAAUAAAAAAAACACAUGCAUAAAAGAAAAAA